AUGCUCUCACGACAGUCGCCGCGCGCCUUGCGGAGGGCCCAAUCGCUCCGAUGGCCGCCCAAUGCCGUGUCUCGCCGCGCCGAGGCGACCGGCACGUCUUCCCAGUAUUUUCACAGCAUCAACGCGCCCGACGCUCCUUCAGAACGUGCUCCUCCGCAUAGUACUUCUGUCCAGGCUCAAAAAUGUAAGGAUAGGCAAUGGACGAGGGCGCCGAGAAUCAUCUUCUCCGGUAUUCAGCCCACGGGCGUCCCGCAUCUGGGCAACUAUCUUGGGGCGCUGCGCGCAUGGGUCAAGCUGCAAGACGAAGGACUCGACGACGACAAGCGAUUUUUUUCCAUCGUGGACCUCCAUGCCAUCACCGUUCCCCAGGACCCGCACACGCUGCUUCGGCGAAAGAACGAGACGUACGCAUCAUUGCUAGCCAUCGGCUUGGAUCCCAACAAGAGCUUGAUAUUCAUGCAGAGCGCCAACCCUGCGCACAGCGAGCUGAUGUGGCUUUUGAGCUGCCACGCAAGCAUGGGCUACCUAGGACGGAUGACACAGUGGAAGAGCAAAGCCGGCGUGGCCGACGAUGCGGACCCUCUGGAGUCUGCCCCCAACAAGCCCGCCCUCAAGCUCGGCCUAUUCUCCUACCCCGUCCUCCAAGCCGCUGAUGUCCUCCUCUACAAUGCAACCCAUGUUCCUGUUGGCGAGGAUCAAGCGCAGCACCUCGAGUUCACGCGCGAGCUUGCGCAGAGCUUCAAUCACAUAUAUGCCCGACCCGACGCCGAUCCGACAGAAGUCGAGGCUUUUAGGGGCUUCAACAUACCGCGGACCAUUCUCUCUCCUGCCAAGCGCGUCAUGUCGCUCCAAGACCCCACCAAAAAGAUGUCAAAGUCGGACCCAGACGAGCGGUCGCGCAUCCUCAUCACCGACACCCGCGAGCAGAUCCAAGCCAAGAUCAAAGCUGCCCUUACCGAUUCCACGCCCGGAAUCUCGUACGACCGCGAACUGCGGCCCGGCGUUUCCAACUUGCUAGACAUCAUGUACUACAUGGACCAAAGCAAGUACGAAUCUCCCAUGGCCAUUGCCCGUGAUUUCACAAAUGUCAGCAUGAGAGCCCUAAAAGAGGGGGUCGCAACCGCGGUUGCCGACCACCUUGAACCGAUACGGGAGCGCUACAACGAGCAGAUAGCGCGGUCACAGGAGGACGUCGACACGGAGAGAUGGAAUAGCGGGCGAAUCGUGGGAGCCCAAUCCGAUCGGAACAUUCAGAGAGUGAAGCAGGCAAUGGGCUUGCGUCCAGUAGGACCGCUGACAUCUCCCGAGUAG